UUUUUGUUUGUUCUUUACACUCAGAAUUUUUCACGACACACCCAACUGAUAGGAUGAAAAAGUUUAAGAGGAGACUGUCCCUCACGCUCAGGGGAAGCCAGACAAUCGAUGAGUCACUGUCGGAACUGGCUGAGCAGAUGACCGUGGAGGAGAGCAGCAGCAAAGACAACGAGCCUAUUGUGAAGAAUGGCAGGCCUCCGACGUCUCACAGCAUGCAUUCCUUCCUCCAUCAGUACACAGGGUCUUUCAAGAAGCCCCCAUUGCGAAGACCCCACAGUGUUAUUGGAGGAAGCCUUGGUUCCUUCAUGGCCAUGCCCAGAAACGGAAGCAGAUUAGACAUUGUUCAUGAAAAUCUGAAAAUGGGAUCAGAUGGUGAGAGUGACCAAGCUUCUGGGACGUCAUCAGAUGAAGUCCAGUCUCCUACAGGUGUUUGCCUCAGAAAUCGUAUACACAGGCGGAUCUCAAUGGAGGACUUGAAUAAGAGGCUGUCCCUGCCUGCAGACAUCAGGAUACCUGAUGGGUACCUGGAGAAGCUGCAGAUCAGCAGCCCACCGUUCGACCAGCCCAUGAGCCGCCGGUCCCGGAGAGCCUCCUUAUCAGAAAUUGGGUUUGGGAAAAUGGAAACCUACAUCAAAUUGGAAAAGCUUGGGGAGGGUACAUAUGCAACAGUAUAUAAAGGAAGAAGUAAAUUGACAGAGAAUUUGGUGGCGUUAAAGGAGAUCCGCUUGGAACACGAAGAAGGUGCACCCUGUACAGCUAUAAGAGAAGUCUCACUGCUAAAGGAUUUAAAACAUGCAAAUAUAGUAACCUUGCAUGACAUUGUUCACACAGAUAAAUCUUUGACUCUGGUCUUUGAGUAUCUGGACAAAGACCUGAAACAAUACAUGGACGACUGUGGAAACAUCAUGAGUAUGCACAAUGUAAAGCUGUUCCUGUACCAAAUCCUCCGUGGUUUGGCAUAUUGCCAUAGAAGAAAGGUAUUGCACCGGGACCUGAAACCACAGAACCUCCUCAUUAAUGAAAGAGGAGAACUAAAGCUGGCUGACUUUGGACUAGCCAGAGCCAAGUCAGUUCCCACAAAGACCUACUCAAAUGAAGUUGUCACACUGUGGUAUCGACCACCUGAUGUGCUUCUUGGUUCCUCAGAGUACUCAACACAGAUUGACAUGUGGGGAGUUGGCUGUAUUUUCUUUGAAAUGGCUUCUGGAAGACCACUGUUUCCAGGGUCAACUGUGGAAGAUGAACUGCACUUAAUAUUUCGACUACUAGGAACUCCAUCUCAGGAAACUUGGCCAGGUGUUUCUUCAAAUGAUGAAUUCAAGAACUACAACUUCCCAAAAUAUAAGCCACAACCUCUAAUUAACCAUGCACCCAGGUUAGAUUCUGAAGGAAUUGAGUUGAUAACAAAAUUUCUUCAGGCGUAUCAAUAUUCAGUUUGAAAGAGAUUCAGUUGCAAAAGGACCCUGGUUUUCGAAAUUCUUCCUAUCCAGAGACAGGUGUGUUUGUCAUAAACCAUUUCACGUGUCGAUCAUGAAUUUUUGCGUGGAACCAAGCGAUGGGUUUAUAAAAUGAUCAGUAAAAUUAUUGAUGUAAAAACCAGUGUACAGUGCAUCCCACAACUCUGUAUGUUUAGAAUUGCACAUACUCACUGUUCUGUAUGAUGUGGGCAGCUCAGUAAAUCUUCAGAGAGACAGUGACUCAGUCAAGUCAGGGAUCCUGAAAACUCCAGAUGGCACAAAGACCUUUUACAAGUGACCUGCCUUGAUCACUGCACACGCCAUCCCUGGUACCUGAGGCAGAAGACACAUCUUGUGCUUGCCUGGUCAUCAGGUUCAUCACUUCGAAGCCUAAAGCUGUAGACUGACCCCGUCAACAGAGGGGUCAUUUAAGACAGUGCUGGCCACUCUUACCCGGAAUAUUAGCGUUUGCUGGUGGGAACGUUAGCUUCCUAGAGUCACCAAAUACUGUAUGUGGGAUAAACGCUGAGCCUUGAACUGCCUCAUAAGAUGACUUUAUAUUUUAGGACACGGGAAGAACAGAAGACAGAGCAUGCUCUUUUAAGUCUGGUAGCAUGGUUUCAAGCCCAGCCCCAGCCUUUCUUAGCAGUCAUGGACUCAGAGCUGACUUAUUUCUUGUGCUGGACUUGGAAUCUCCGUCUGUCUACACUGUCCUCUUCACAGUGGAGUCUUUCAUUUCAGACCUACAGAUUGUUUUUAUAUUUGUUGUCACAGUGUGACAAUUGUUUUUGUACAGUUGGUUUUAAGGUCUUCUCUGCCAGUAGAGCCAGUAGGUUACAGCUAUCCCAUGUAACUGUAGCUGCAGAUUUGUGCAGGACUGAGAAACACAGUGCAUUAUUUAUUGCGGAAUCAUUGCUGCUAAAUAACUACUGUUUAUUUAACACAACAGUUGAAUGCCUGAAGAAGUUGCAGUGGCUUUAUUAUAUGUGAACGCAUCUGUUUCUCCUCACAAAUUGUUUUACUGCUGCAUUUUUUCUUUUGUUUGUUUUUAAAAACUAAACUGCAGUGUUUCCUGGAAUGUAUAUUUAGCUUUGCUUAACAGUAAAAACGUGAGCCAUCUUGAACAUGCUUAAGUUCGUGCUACAUAUAAUUUCGUAGGAACAUUGGCUAAUAGAGUAGCUGAGAGGUCAACAGCACAGUGUGUUUAAGAAGUGUGCAGUGUAAGAGUUGAUUCAAGCAAGUGAAUAUCAGAUAUUUUUGGAGUCUCACAUUAGACACCAAUAAAUUAAGAACCAAGUUAUUUAUUUUUAUCUACUCCUCAUUUUAGAAAUGUCUACUGCAUAGUGGUAUGCUCCUCCCCUUGAUGAACUCUUUUACACUGUGCUUUUAGUUAACUUGUAACCAUAGACACCAUUCAAACAGGAAAGGUCUUGCUGCUGUUUGUCUUAAGCACAUUUCCUUUAUUAGAAGAUACUUCAUUUUGAGGAAUAGUUUCUUUCAUUCGGGGGCUGUGUGUGUUUCAGUGACAUUCACUUGGAAUCAGCUGAAGGCUGUACUGUGUCUUUAAAAUGAGCCAUGAGAAAUGAGAAACAGGAACCCAGUGGAGUGCUCAAAAGCAUUGUGGGUAUUAUCUGCUCAUCAGACACUAACUAGUGUAACUUGAAUUAUGCAUCUUCUUGAGCAUCACAGACACUUCGGUGUUGGUAACAGUGUUUCAGGCAUUUAUGUUCAUUUUUAAGAACUAUUGGUUAGUGCAUCCUAUAACUAGAAAUCCUAAUUGGUAUAUUUUGAAAUGGUCAUGUACAUUUUUGCCUUAUAUCAUGAAAAUAGUUAUAACUUAAUUUUUGUCCUGCCAUUCACUGUAAAAACAUUCAGGGUCCUCUCAUUUCUGUUCAGGAAAUCCUGUAGUUUAUUGUUGUUAUUUAACAGUAUUAAGUGAGUUUUUGUAUAUUUCAUUUUAACUUUAUUUGUGAAUAGUGAUUGUGGCAUGUUUGGGGUGUUAUUUUAAUAUUUCAUGAUACUGAAAUUUUAAUUUUUUAAAAAAAAAAGUUCUGGAAGAAACAGAUUCAUGUAUAAUGGUGAAUAUUGGACCACUACUGCUUUUCACAUUUGUCAGCUGGUUUAAUGUUAAACCCUGUAGCCUAACUGCUGUUAUUUCUAACUGACAGACAUAUGUAUUAAUAUUGUACUUUGAAGGUUAUAAAUAUUAUGUGAAAAUUCCUUCAUUUUGUUUUGAAAUUUAUAAUAACUAAAUCUCUGUGUUAUAUAAAAUGUGAUUUUGUUGA